CAAUAAUAGUAAAUAGAUCAGAAAGGAGUAUACAUACCUACACACACCUAUAUAUACCCAUAUAUUGUACAUAUGUAUACAUAUAAAUAAUAAUGAAACUGUAAUACAUAAAUCAAAAUAAAAGAUAAAAAGUUGCUGACACUCAGGCUGCCAUGUAGGACUUUUAUUUAGAUUUUUUUGUGUUUAUCCUAAACAACACGUGUGUCGUGAAGAAUUUUAUUUUGAAAUGUGUAAGCUGUUAAACCGGAAGUUGACCUUUUUGCCAUGGAAACAGGAGGAACAAGCAAAUGUUUACCAUCUUGUAAAGCUUGUCAUUAUUCAUUGUCUGCUAAUCUUAACCCCUGUCCAAACUUGAAGGCGAUGGUGGACGUGUGUGCUGGUUUGAGCAGUUUAUCCUUCGAGUAUGGACUAACUGAGGAUGAGAAGGAGUUACUUCACCUUCGUGCACGCUCGGCUGGACUGACGUUUUGCGGGAGCGCGCACGCAGCUUUCCUGUGUAAACUCGUCCACUCACUGAGAUGUGUCAUCAAAAAAGACACUGCCAACAGAGGCUCGUUGGAAUCAGGAGAAGACGGUGACCUCUGCGUUGGGAUACUUGGGAUGGGUCACAUGGGGAAACAGUUGCUGCUCUGCCUCCUUGAAAACUCUGGUAUCAAACCAUCACACAUUAAGAUCUCCACUAGAAGACCAGAAUCUGCAGUGGAAUUCAUCCCGGCGGGAGUUGAAUGCUUCUUUGACAAUCGCAGGAUGGCAGCGUGGGCCGACGUCCUGUUCCUCUGCUGUCUGCCCUCUCACCUCCCCAAAGUCUGUGCUGAUCUCCACUCUCACCUGUCAAAGGACUGCCUUGUGUACAGCUUCACCUCUGGUGUGCCUGUUACCAGAUUGAAACAGCUUCUUGGACACAACUUCAUUCUGAAACCACAGUAUGAAUUUGUCGCUUGUGACACUGCAUACGUGUGGCUGUCCUGCACUCACCUGACCACAGCUUGGGCAGAUCCUUUGCUGAUAGAUGCAUCGUGUCCUCUUACAAUGAGCGGUGGCAUUUCUCUGAAUCUGAACUGGGUGUGUGCAGUGUUGUACAGCCUGCUAAAUAUCUGCACCUCUGCCAGUCUGGAAUCCAGUGAAGCUCUCUCUCUUAUCAACAGCAUCCUUCAAGAGAAAUGGCCUCACGCUGUGGAAUUAAACGCACACAGUUUCAUCAGUGCAUCAUAUGCAUCGUCUCUUCAUACAGAGGAGCCUUUUCCCUGGAUUUCUCUCGCUGAUGUCCAGAGCAAGAAGACACCACUGCUGUGCUUUCUAUCAAGCAGCAAAUCUAUGCAGCAGUGCAUCUCUGCAGCAUACAAAUCACUGCUAGAGACACCGGCAAAAUUAUUCUCUACUGAUGCGUGUAUAAUUAAAAAAAUGGCAUCACAAUCAAUAUUGAAAGAAAGGUACACAACAUCAAGGGAAUUUAAGGAUGAUAAAGAAAGAGAACAACAACAAAAAACACAACUAACCAAUCGAACAAGCCCCCCACCCCUACCUUUGAAAAAAGGUACACAACCUCAAGGGCAUUUAAGGAUGACGAAAAAAUAAAACAAUAAAUAAAAAAGAGGUAAAUAGAUAAAUUAGAUUAUAUAAAUCUAAAUGAAAUAAAAUUAAUAAAUACCUUCAAAUAAAAUAUAUAUAUGUAAAUUGUGUUCCUUAUGUUAAACAUUUUGCACAUAUUAUAUCUAUUCAAAUUUAGUUUGAAGGUAUUUAUCUAUUAGUUUUAUUUCAUUUAGAUUUAUAUAUAUAUAUAUAUAUAUAUAAACAUAAACAUAAAUAAUAAUUUACUUUUUUUUUUUAAACUUAACUAUAUUCUCUAAGGAUGUCCAUCACAGAUGUAAAUUGUGUUCCUUAUGUUGCACAUUUUGUUUUGAAAAUUAUAAUGUAACAUAUGUAUAAGAUUACAUUUCAAUAAAUAGGCCUUAACAGUG